AUGCAAAGUUUUAAAUCAAAACUCUGCACUUUUGUCUUCCUCUCCUGGCCCUCUUCAGAUGCCAAGGCCUGCCCCUCCAAGGAUUUUCAGUGCCGUAACGGAAAGUGUGUGGCACCCAUCUUUGUUUGCGAUGGUGACGAUGACUGUGGGGAUGCCAGCGACGAGGAGAAAUGCUCCGCGCCCACCUGCGGACAGCAGGAGUUCCGCUGCAAUGACUCCGAGUGCAUCCCUGCCCUGUGGAGCUGUGACGGUGACCCGGACUGUAAGGACAAGUCGGAUGAGUCCAUGGAGCGCUGCAGCCGCAGGACAGAGCCCCAGAAGCCUCGCUGCCCGGUCGGCGAGUUCCAGUGCGGGAGCGGAGAGUGUGUGCACAUGAACUGGAAGUGUGACGGUGAUGCGGAUUGCAAAGAUAAAUCGGAUGAAGCAAACUGCCCUCUGCUUACAUGUCGACCUGAUGAGUUCCAGUGUGGCGAUGGCUCUUGUAUUCAUGGCACCAAACAGUGUAACAAAGUUCAUGACUGUCCAGAUUACAGUGACGAGGCAGGCUGUGUCAACACUACAAAAUGUGAAGGGCCAAAAAAGUUCCGGUGUAAGAAUGGGGAGUGCAUUGACAGCACCAAGGUGUGUGACAAUGUGAAAGACUGCAAAGACUGGUCUGAUGAGCCCAUCAAGGAGUGCGGUCGAGAUGAAUGUGCAGAUAACAAUGGUGGCUGCUCCCAUAUCUGCAGGGAUCGCAGAAUCGGUUAUGAGUGUGACUGUCCCUCUGGAUACAAACUCCUGGACAAAAAGACAUGUGGAGACAUAGAUGAAUGCGAGAAUCCAGAUGCCUGCAGUCAGAUCUGCAUCAACUUUAAAGGAGAUUAUAAGUGCGAGUGCUUUGAAGGUUAUGAGAUGGACCCCGCCACUAAGACCUGCAAAGCUGUGGGAAAGAGUCCAUAUCUGAUGUUCACCAACCGCCAUGAAAUCCGUCGCAUUGACCUCCUGAAGAGUGAAUACACACAGGUGGUUCCCACACUGAAGAAUGCUGUGGCCCUGGAUGUGGACGUGUCCAUAAACAAAAUGUUUUGGUGUGACCUAUAUCAUCGAAAAAUAUACAGCGCUUACAUCAACAAAGCCAGUGACUCAUCACAGCAGGUGACGCUGAUUGACUCACUCCAGUCUCCGGAGGGCCUGGCCGUGGACUGGGUCCAUAAGAACAUCUACUGGACUGACUCAGGCAAUAAGAGCAUAUCUGUCGCCACGGGAGAUGGGAGGAAAAGAAAAGUGUUAAUAGCCACUGACCUGAGUGAGCCCCGGGCCAUUGUUGUGGAUCCACACCAAGGGUUUAUGUACUGGUCAGACUGGGGGGAUCAAGCUAAAAUUGAGAAAGCUGGAAUGAAUGGAGUGGAUCGACAAGUUCUCGUGUCUGAACACAUCGAGUGGCCCAAUGGAAUCACUCUAGAUUUGUCGAACAGGCGUCUUUACUGGGUGGACUCCAAGCUGCACCUGCUGUCCAGCGUGGAUCUGAAUGGAGACAACCGCAAAGUGCUGCUGUCCUCCCAUCACCACCUGGGACACCCCUUCGCUCUCACUGUCUUUGAGGAUCGCAUAUAUUGGACAGACUUGGAGGAUGAAGCAAUAUACAGUGCUAACCGACUGACAGGACACGAUGUGGCAAAGGUAGCACAGAACCUUAACAACCCCCUGGAUCUGGUAGUGUUUCAUGAACAGAGGCAGCCCAAAGGCCUUGACACCUGCAACAUGGGCAGUCUACCCAAUGGUGGCUGCGAGUACCUCUGUCUGAAGGCCCCUCAGAUCACGGACCAUUCUCCUAAAUAUACCUGUGCUUGUCCUGAUGGCAUGGAACUAGGACCAGACAUGAGGAGGUGUGCUAUUGUUCGACUCAGGACGACCACCACGGCUGCCCCCACCACCACCAGAGCUCCUACCACCACCACCACCAGACCUCCUACCACCACCACAGCAGCCAGCACUACAACUGCUAGUGCCCCUGUUACCACUACAACCACCAGUACAAGUACCACCACCUCUCCCAGUACCACAGUAAGGCAAACAACCAGGCGCGUCACAACCCCAGUGGUCCCUCAGACCUCCAGAAGCUUCAGAAGCACGGAGCACCCCCCAACUCCGGGCGUCGCCAGCACAGGGACGACCGGCCGCAGCAGCACCGGUCAGACGGCCACAUCCACCCGCACACCUCUACUCGGCCCAGUGACCCCCAACAGCAUUCAGAGAGAGACCAACGCCAAUCUCUCCCACAGAGCUGCGAGUGAUCACUACCUCAUAGGAAACAACAUCACAGUGGCUGUUUUGGGGAUAGUCAUUCCCAUUGUCCCUAUCCUUGCCACAGUGGUCAUCGGAUUGCUCUGCACUGGUGGGUACCUGGUGUGGCGCAACUGGCGACGCAAGAACACCAAGAGCAUGAACUUCGACAACCCCGUUUAUCGCAAAACCACAGAGGACGACGACGACGAGAUUCACAUCGGGCGCCACAGCGAGUCCAUCGGUCACGUCUACCCAGCAGUGAGUGGGAGCCACAGUCAGCCAUUCAUAGCGCUUCCUCUGGGGGGCGGCAUCACAGACAGCAACUCUCACUGGUACUCAGGAGCACCAAUGCUCUCCAGUGGCAAGUGA